AGUGGAUGAUCGCACGAGCAGGAAGCGCUGACCGUACACAGAUAGAGAGAGAAAAAGAGAGACAGAGAGUCCGAGAGAGACAAUCCAACAUUUACAUUUUCAGCUCAUUCUGAGAGAAGACAAACUACAUAGCCACUGCUGAGCUCUUUUCACACUGUUAUGUGGAAGUACUUCUGAAAAGCAAAGCUCCUCUCCGUUACUUUGCCCCGGGGACAUUUUUGUUUCUUAUUCAAAUAAAUUGGGAUAUUCCGUGAGACAUGUUGCCCUCGUUUCCACAAGAAUCGUGUCUUUCUUCUGAGUGCUCUUUGAACGUGCAGUGCUCUAGCUGUUCUUCAGAGGCAAUGACUGAGCGCUGAGGAACCAGGAUUGCUUGCACGUGUGGGACAGUUGUGAAGAAGCAUUGGGAGGCAGAAGAGAGAAAACUGCUCAAGAAAACAUAAAAGAAAGAAAGAAAACAAGAAACAAACAAACAUAAAAUACUGUUUUGGCGCAAAAUGGAUCUCCCUCCUUUUAGGGGUUUAUCCGAUGUACCGUGAUAUUGGUCAGCCUUGCAGCUCAGCCCCUACCCUGGUGGCCCUUAAAGAAUGGAUCCAGUACCACCUUUUCGGAUGGACCCUGAAAGCCUGGAUCUUCAGCAGGUCCCUGUAUUGUCUAUUGACCAGAUCCGUGCUAUAAGGGCUAAUAAUGACUAUGUGGAACGCCCUGUGGCGCUGGACCCUGCCUCUCAGGUUGCCUUCUAUCCACAUGAUGAACGGCAUCCUCAGAUGUCUCGCAGUCAAAGUCAGCAUCAACAUUCCCACUUGGCCCACUUAAGUCGCUCCAGUACCGUGAGCUCCAUGUCCCGUGGCAGUGCUGCUUCGGACCAGAGACUUCUUGCAGGAUUAACACCCUCCCAUUCUGGUCUAGCUGUGGUGAGGUCCCAGCCCAAAGGCGACUUGAAACCCGACUCACUGGGCAAAGGACUGACUGACGAUGAGGACUUGGGCCUGCAUCUCUUCAUCUGUGAACGUUGUGGCCACUGCAAGUGCCAGGAGUGCUGUGCCCCACGUAAUUUGCCCUCCUGUUGGACCUGUGGCCAGCGCUGCUUGUGUUCUGCAGAAAACGUCUUGGAGUACGGCACCUGCCUGUGCUGUGUGAAGGGUCUGUUCUACCACUGCUCGGCAGAUAAGGAGGACAACUGUGCCGACCGACCGUGCUCCUGCGCCCCAGCUCACGCCUGCUCCCGCUGGAGUGCUAUGGCCUUCCUGGCACUCUGCCUGCCUUGCCUGUGCUGCUACCCUCCUGCCAAGCUGUGCCUCACUCUGUGCCAGCGUGGCUAUGAUCGCGCCACCCGUCCCGGCUGUCGAUGCAGCAACACCAACGCUGUGUGCCGCAAGAUCUCUGCCACCAACUCCGUGCCCUUUCGUAAAACCCUGGAAAAGCCUGUAUGACAUCAUGAAUGAGCCUCUUGCAAUCCUCCCUCGAGGAGACACCUCUGAUGCUGAAGCAGCCGGGGAAUUCUGCUAAAUGAACUGACCUACUCUAAACCAAUCAGGUCUCCCUGCAUCAUGUCCAUCAUCAUGUAUCCUACUUCCCUCUUUUUUUAGUAAAUCCGUGUCUAUUUAUUUAUUUAUUAGACUUCCAGGAUAGAGUUGGGUAAUGUGAACCGUAUGUAACACACAGGGAGUAUGCUAUCAGAAUUAAUGCAGAGGUUGUACUGGGUAAAAGGAUCACCUAGACAUGGGAAGCUGUCAACAGGAAGUCAGUGCUGAGUGUGUCUUCUUCGGCCUUACUGAAUGAAAAAACUGUAAGCAAGAUGGCUUACUCUAGACUCUACACGGAUACAGGGCGCUGGUUAGGGAGAAGAGCCCAACAACAACAACAACAACAAAAAUCAGACUAUGUAAGUCAAUUCUGUUUGACACCAAAAACGGGACCAUACAAAAAUCAGAAUAUUAAGCUCACCUAAGAGGGAUGUGUUUCAAGAACGGCGGUAAAGAGAGACAUUGUGCGCAUGAGUGUGUGGUAAGGAAGAAGAAGGACAAAUGUGUGUGUGUGUGUGUAUGUGUGUGCAGUCUCAGGCCGGCAUCUGCUGUCAGCAGAAGCCUCUCUUUUUAUUUUUAGAGGAGCUACUCUGAAAGAUAAAGUGUCUGGUCAGGUUUCCAGCCCAGGGCAGCCUGACGCCAACCUCUCCCAAGCACUCUUACAUCCUCAACUCUCUUUUCCACUGCUGCCCAUAGUGCUUUCCAACUGCUCAACAACAGCGAUAGAUAACUUGACUGUUUCUGCAUCCAACCACGUUGUGGGACCAAACAUCAAAAGGGACUGUCUGUCCAACUUUGACAGUGCUCUCAGGAUGAGAUACAAGCCAUUACUUUGAGAGCUCUUGGAUAAAUUGGCCAGACAACCUGUAGGACCAUGAUUUAGGUUAACAUCAGAUCUGAGCAGUAUCAGCCAAAUGAAGCCAUUGUGGUUCCCCGGUUAUGCCAUACAUGGGACAUUAACAUUUCUAAGGACUUUGGCCUUUCCUGAGGUUCUCUGGUUGGCCCUGAAUGAUUCACAGGAAAUGAGGUUAAUGGAGACUAUUGUGUCAUCUGACAGGAAGAAGGGAUUGUAUUGAGACAAGGGCUUAGUCACCUGGCCAGAACGAGGUAGAAUACAACACUUGGGAACAAGGUGAAACAGAUGCACUGACAUCCAAAACUGGGAAGCAAGUUGAAUGAAAUCUGUUUCAAGUGUGUGUGUUCUUCCCCAAUAAUAUGCACAUCUUUGUGAGUUCCGAAUAUAUCCUUCGCUAUAUUUUUGUAUGUACAUAGAAUUCUUAUUGUAUUUGUAUUUUUAUUCCAUUUGUUUUAAUCUGGUUAUUAUUGCCAUUUUUUCUAUUACUGUUGGACAUUAACCUUGUCAGAUACCUGGCUAAUUCUUAAGACUAACCAUAAGACUGAUUUUGUAUUGUGGAGGAGAGGUCCCUUGUGCAUGGCACAGUGUUCCACCGCAGUACUGUAAAUUACCCUACAAAAUCUUAAUAACUGGGCUCCCUUUGGUUGCAUGUAUCCAUUAUCAUAAAUUGCUACAGAAAUAAUUAGCUCAAAACUGAUUUAAAUGUGGUGUUCAGACAAGACCUAAACAGCCUGAAAUAUACUUUUCAACAAUUACAUACAGAUAAAAUGUCUGACAAGUUAUGCCAUUACUGGUUUAGGUUACACACAAGCUUGAAGAGCCAAUCAUAUUUUGUUUUACCAAUACAAUAUUUAUUGGCAUGAGAGCAGAAAACAUGCAUUACUAUCAGAGGCAAGCUUUCACUGGGUGAAAUAGUGAGAAGAUACCUCUCCUCCACAGUCACAUCCCAAAAGAAUGGCUUCUCUAAGAAGGGUCCACGAUGUGGGGUUUCAGUGUGUAGGUACAUACAAUUUACAAGAAUGCCUAACUGGUGCUGUCCACAGUCUCUGAGUUAACCACUAAAAGUUCACCAUGUUGUAUUAGUAAGUAUUGCUUUGGUACAAUUGGCAUCUUGUAAGUUGUAAAAGAAUUAAGGAAGAAUAUAUAAACAUAUAUA